AGUCGAUCAUCGGAGAAUCUCAAGAGUGAUCCAUCAGAUCAUCACGCAGAAUCAAUCCAAUACUGCACCGAUCUUUCUCUAUGACACCAAGAGCCAUCAGAAAAAAGAUUUGUGACAAUGGGUUGAUAAGCCAGUUACCUAAUCAUUUGAUAUGUCACAUACUUAGUUUUCUUUCGACCAAAGAUGCUAUCAGGGCAAGUGUUCUGUCCACAAGAUGGAGGAGUCUUUGGCAACUGGUUCUCGGAUUAGACUUAGACUCCCUUGACCUCGGUCUUGCUUUUGCCUCAAGCCAGUUCUCAACCAUCGACGACUUUGUGGUAUUCGUUGACAAGUUCUUUUAUCACCACAGAGAGUCAUGUAUACAUAAACUCCGGUUACAUAUUCGUACUGUUGGUUAUGUUGACUACUCGUCUUAUCUCACCAAAUGGAUUGAUGCUGCGACUACGCGUAGGAUUCAACAUCUUGAUCUUCAUUGUGAUCGUCUCUUCAAGGUUGCAGUGAAGAUACCUUUGAGCCUUUACACCUCUGAGACAUUGGUACACUUACGACUUGUUCGAGUCAUCUUAGUUAGCACCAAGGUUGUUUCUUUACCUUGUCUGAAGACCCUGCAUUUAGAAUUUGUUAAAUAUACCGAUGAGACAACGUUGGAGAAACUGAUCUCAUGUUCUCCAGUUCUAGAAGAUUUGAGCAUUGUCAAAUAUACAGAAGAUAAUGCAAGGGCUAUACAAGUACGCUCUAAGACACUAAAGAGAGUCGACAUAAACCAGUGGUAUGAUCGAGAAUAUGGACUUGUCAUCGAUGCGCCUCUACUCCAGUUUUUGAGGAUUAUAGCUUACUCAACAAAGAACAUUAAAAUCAUCAAUACAGGUCUCCCUGCCAAGGUAGAUAUUGACGCCAACGUGCUCAGUAUUUUGGAUCCAAACGAUUUAACCAGCAGAAGCAUGAUGCGCGAUUUCUUCACUAGUAUUUCAAGGGUCAGGUGUCUUGUCACUAGUUAUGCUACUACCAAGGAUAUCUUUCAUUACAUGCAACUAGAACCUCUGCAUCAGUUUUGUAACCUGACCGGACUGAGUGUUAUAUGUUGCAUCUCUAGUCUGGAGAUGUUGCUAAAUCUUCUAAAGAGGUGUCCAAAACUAGAAUCUCUCAGCUUGAAAUUGGUUGACUACAAAGAAACCAAGAAAGCAGGAGUGAUCACUUCGACAGUUCCAUCGUGUUUGGUAUCGUCGCUCAAGUUUGUUAAAUUGGAAGGUGUGCUCUUCGGAUGUGGAACAGAACUGAACGUAGCAAGGUACUUCUUGGAGAACUCAACAUUACUUGAGAAACUGACUCUAAGGAAUGAUUAUAAGGAGAAAAAUGUAGAGCACGUUCGCCAGACACUCCAUGCAAUACCAAGAUGCUCUUGUACUUGUACAGUUGUUCUUCUUUAGUUACCAUUGUUGAAUAACCAAAACAUGUGAAGUUAUUUUUUGUAGGCUUUAAUUUUAGCCACAAGCAAUUGCACUAUACUAGUCCUUCUUAUAUGUUUCUUUA